UAAUCUGCAUGACCCCGCCCCUCGUGGACUUCUUGGCCAACUGGAGCGCUGUGCUUGGCCUCAUUAGCAUAUGGGCGGGGCCGCCGCGGGCGCUUGGUUGGAGCGUCGCCGCAUCCCAGGUCCCGGGAAAGUUUUUUCGGAGGUCCCGCCCAGAGAGGCCAUGUCCCACGGCCCCCGGCAGCCAGGCGGGGCCACCGCGCCUGCGGGAAGCAAGACUCCGGGCCAGCACGGGGCCUUCGUAGUGGCCGUCAAACAGGAGCGCGGCGAGGGCGCCCGCGCCGGAGAGAAGGGGUCCCAGGAGGAGGAGCCCGUGAAGAAGAGAGGCUGGCCGAAAGGCAAGAAGCGAAAGAAGGUUCUCCCCAAUGGGCCCAAGGCCCCCGUCACCGGCUACGUGCGCUUCCUCAACGAGCGUCGGGAGCAGAUUCGCACCCGCCACCCGGACCUGCCCUUUCCGGAGAUCACCAAGAUGCUGGGCGCCGAGUGGAGCAAGCUGCAGCCGGCAGAGAAGCAGCGGUACCUGGACGAGGCGGAAAAGGAGAAACAGCAAUACUUGAAGGAGCUGUGGGCGUACCAGCAGUCGGAGGCCUACAAGGUCUGCACAGAGAAGAUCCAAGAAAACAAAAUUAAAAAAGAGGACUCCGGCUCUGGGCUCAUGAACACGCUCCUGAAUGGGCACAAGGGUGUGGACUGUGAUGGCUUUUCCACAUUCGAUGUUCCCAUCUUCACUGAAGAGUUUUUGGACCAAAACAAAGCCCGCGAGGCGGAGUUGCGGCGCCUGCGGAAGAUGAACGUGGCCUUCGAGGAGCAGAACGCGGUGCUGCAGCGCCACACGCAGAGCAUGAGCAGCGCACGCGAGCGUCUGGAGCAGGAGCUGGCGUUGGAGGAGCGGCGCACGCUGGCGCUGCAGCAGCAACUGCAGGCCGUGAGGCAGGCGCUCACCGCCAGCUUCGCCUCCCUGCCGGUGCCCGGCACCGGGGAGACGCCGACGCUCGGGACUCUGGACUUCUACAUGGCGCGGCUGCACGGAGCCAUCGAGCGUGACCCCGCGCAGCACGAGAGACUGAUCGCGCGCGUCAAGGAGAUCCUGGCGCGGGUGGCCAGCGAGCACCUGUGACGCCUCUGGGACCGGCAGACGCCCCUCCCCACCCACCCAGGAGGAAGCUGGGGUCCCCGGUGGGGCCGCGCCCGUGCUGCACCGUGGAUCUGCAGACCUAACCCCCAGAGAAUCCUCAACGGCAUCCCUUUAGCUUCGAACCCUAGGCUCCCAGGCUGCCUCGCGGGAGGGGAACGGAGACACCCCACCCCGGGGCAGACACCCCACCCCGGGGCAGAGCACGACUCCAGGGCGCUCGCCGCAGGGCCCGGGGACCCACUGCGCAGGCGCGGGGUGCCACGGCGGCCAGGGGGGGGCUGCAGUACAACCCCCACCCCGGCGCCUCCCACCGCCCAAUCCGGACUUUUCAAUAAAUGUAAAUGAAAACA